CUUUUAGACAGGUUCCCAUAGGUCUCUGCCGUGGCAAUGGCCGCUUCUAGGAUGAUGAACGAUCCAAACAUUCUUACCCAGUGUAUUGAUCUUGAUUUGGAGUUUGAGACAGCUGUUGAUACACAGCCGUUUCGUCCCAUCCGCAUGGAUUCCCAAAUUGACCGUGAGCCUUCAGUGACCUUUUGCCUUCUUGGUGAGUCAGUGGCAUCUACCCUUGCCAAACCUGUGGCUGAAUCUGAAGUUCCAGGGGUUCCUCAUGAGUUGGCAAACACCCAGAUGCCUCCCACUCCACCGGAAUUGAGGGCAUUCCUGAAGGAGGGUGACACCUUGGAAGUCAUGGACAACUUGAUGAACCAGUUUGAUGAAGCUGCUGAACCUGAAGCACCAUCGUCUCCAAAGCGUUUGAAGCGUUCCCAUGCUUUCUUGGUUGAGGAAAGUCCCGAUUUCACAAGUGAGGAGCACCGCUACUACUACGGGGUGAAGCAUUCUGCCCUGCCUACACCUGAGGACAUCCGCAACCUUCGCAUGCAAGCAGCCCCGCUUCAUGAAGGUGAUGGUGUUUCUGGUGAUGGAGUUGGAAGCAGUACUGAUGUCCCCAAAGGUCCGUCUGAGGCAGAGGAACCUCAGAACCAUUUGGAACCUGUGCCAGAACCUUCAGAGGUCGUCCUCGCAGAACCUGUUGGUGAACCUGUCGGUGAACCUGUUGGUGAUGUUGUUGAACCUGCCCAAGCCGAAGGUGAUCAUGAUGAUGAUUCAGAGAGGAGGCGCGAAGAGCAAGCUGAGAAGAAACGCAAGAACUCCCGGGAAUGGCAUGCCAAGUGGGUGUCAAAGGGUGUGCCGCGUGAAUCCGUGAAUGCGGGUGCCGCGCCUACCAACAUGCGUGAGGCAUGCCAGAGGUUUGUCACGGCCUGGAUUCGUGACUCUGGAAUGCCCCCUAGCAACGAUCGCCGCAAAGCAGCCUAUGCUGCUUGGAAUGCUUCUGAUGAGCGAGCAGCGCUGCUGGCUGGCCGCGCAGAUGUGCAAAUGUGAUUAGUUGUGUUUGUGGUCCCCAUUUUUU